AUGGCUGUAUCUAACCCACUUGCCAAAAUACUUGAUACUAAUCGCUUAACUGGACCGAAUUUUACCGAUUGGCUAAGGAAUUUGAGAAUUGUUCUCAAUUCUGAAAAAUUAGCCUAUGUGUUGGACACGGAGGCUCCAGCGGUGCUCGAAAAUCCAACAGCUGAGCAAAGAGCUGCAAGAAAUAAAUGGACUGAUGACGAUAUGAAGGUAAAAUGCUACAUGCUUGCGUCUAUGAGCAAUGAGUUGCAACGCCAGCAUGAGCACAUGGAGAGUGCUGCUGAUAUUUUGCUCCAUCUCAAGGAGUUGUAUGAUGAGCAAAGUCGAACAGCCCGCUACGAGGUGUCAAAGCGACUGUUCAGAGCUAAGAUGUCUGAUGGUCAGUCAGUCAAUAAUCAUUGCUUGGCAAUGAUUAAAGACAUUGAGGAGCUUGAGAAGCUCGGAAUGACUAUGGACGCAGAACUCCAAACAGAUUUGAUCUUACAAUCCUUACCAGAUUCAUUUUCUUAG